AUGGAUUUACCAGGUGCUGCUUAUGGCAGUCGGGAUGCCGAUUCCUUAAAAAAAAAGACMCCGCCCGCCGAAUCUUUCUCCCAUCCCCCCGCCGUCGACUCGUCCCGCGACAACAGCGAGGAGGAGCACGAUGCACGGAAGCAGAACGAUUUCGCCGAUGAUGACGAGGACGAAGAUGAAGGCGAAGAUGACGACGAGGGCGACGACGACGAAGAAGAAGACGAGGAACCUCGAUUGAAGUACGUUUACUUGACGAAAUGCCUACCCUCACUAUAUCGCGCGGGCGACGCAACAAGUGCACUUCUAGUUGGAGGAGAUAGAAUGAUCGUCGGAACACAUAAUGGCAACGUUAAUGUGCUAUCGUUACCAACGCUCAGAGCUCUCCGUGUUUAUACAGCGCAUUCAGCAAGCGUAACCUCUAUUUCAAUAUCGCCAUCGCUACUGUCUCAUACUAUUAUACGACGCAAUGCGAUCAACAGAUCUCCCGAAGAGGAUAACGCCCCUUCUCCGAAUGCGUCGCUUCGAUCGAAGAGCAAGCCUGCACCCACACCCGGACUGCCACCAACGCCCUCAAAUUCUAUACAUAUAGCUACCUCGUCGAUAGAUGGAAACGUGUGUAUAUAUUCGCCGCUUGAUCCGAAGGAUGUCCUUCUCCGGAACUUCGGCCGACCAGUUCAAACCGUGGCAUUGUCUCCAGAAUACAAGAGUGACAGACAAUAUCUUUCAGGUGGUCGUGCUGGGCAGCUGAUUCUUACUGUUGGAGGCCGAGCGGGUACAACAGAAAAAUCUACAACCUUGAGUGGUGCAGCUUCAGGAGCUGGAUGGCUAGGAUCUCUGGGCUUGGGUGCCAACUCGGGAAAAGAUACUGUCUUACACAGUGGUGAAGGAGCAAUCAACACCAUAAAAUGGUCAUUAUCUGGGAAGUAUGUGGCUUGGGUGAACGAAGAAGGCAUCAAAAUCAUGCGGUCAAACCUACAUCUGGAGGCAGGCGACGCAGAAUUCGCAUGGACCCGAAUAAGACACGUAGACAGACCUAAUCGACCACAAUGGGAGGAAAUGGCUAGUGUCUGGAAAGCGCACGCUGAAUGGGUUGACAUGAAAGCAUUUGAAUUACCCGAAAAUAGCGAUACCGAAUCUAUCUUAGGACAACAGAGUACUAGCGGUGCACCAGAAGUUGAGAAACUCGUGGUCGGCUGGGGAGGCACUAUUUGGAUUAUCAACGUAUACCCAGAUCGUAUGCCACCUCCUGGAACGCGAGCAGGGAACCGAAAACUCGGAGAUGCUGAGGUUGUCACAAUUUUACGAACCGACUCCAUCAUUUCAGGAGUUUCCAUGUACAGUGCAAAGCUUUUACUUGUUCUAGCAUACCUGGAAAGUGAAAAGAGCGACCUCGAGGAGCAGCCACAGAGUAGUCGUCGACACAAGGCAGCCGAACCCGAACUUCGCCUCAUCGAUCUCGAAACACAGGAGGAAGUAAGCGCCGAUACGCUCUCAGUCACUCGGUACCAAAACCUUGCUUCAUCCGAUUAUCAUAUGAGCAUUAUGAGACCACCACGCAUAACAGCGGCCGCUGUACAGCGGGGCGCAUUGGGUGCUUUAGGCACGGGUCUCUUGGACGCAACACUGUACCCAGCUAGACUUUUCACAUCGAGUUCUAGUAUACGAAGUAGCGGCAGUAAUGGUGAUAGGGGUUCUGAAAGGGUUGCCGCGUCAUUCAUGUCCAGUUCAGUGUCGGGAAGUUCCACAAUUCCAAAAGAGGUCCAGACUCUUGUAACUGCCAAAGGCCUCAAGGUCUUUGUUCAUAGUCCAUAUGAUUGCAUCGCAGCCAUGUCAAGAGAUUUAUCGGAUCACCUUGCAUGGCUGGAAUCGCAUCAGAAGUACGAAGAGGCAUGGAUUCUCGUUGAUCAGAACCCGAGUAUUCUGAAYCCMCCAGCCGAGCCACAGACUGAAGCAUUUACAAGAUCUCAGACCAGUCUGGUGGACUUUUUUGCUGAUGACAGCUCUUCAGUCAUGACAGCAGGUCAGCCGCUGAGCGCGAAUGCUAGAAUUGAGAAGCGCCGUAUUGGCGAACUCUGGAUCGAACAACACAUUCAGAACAAUGGUUGGGCCACUGCCGGGGAGAUCUGUGCUAAAGUCCUUGAUAUUCCUGAGAGGUGGGAACACUGGAUUUGGAAAUUCGUUGAGGCCGGCAAAUAUGACGAAAUUGCUCAGUAUAUCCCAGUGAACACGCGACCUCCUCUUCCAUCAGCUAUCUUUGAUGCGUUCCUCGAACACUAUGUGUCUCACAACCGCCAAACAUUCGAGCAUCUGCUAUCUAAAUGGCCACCGGAGCUUUUCAAUAUUGGACAAGCAAUUUCAAACAUUGAAGACCGUUUGGAGUCGGAAAAGAUUCCAAGUGAUUCGAAUGACUGGCAGAUUCUGACGGGGAGCCUUGGAAAAUUGUUCCUAGCUAACGGACAACAUCGUGAGGCCUUGCGGUGUUACAUACGACUACAGGAUGCGGAAGAGGCCCUACGUUUGAUUAGUGAAUAUCGUCUGGCAGACGCUAUUUCUGACGAUGUUUUGGAUUUUAUACUACUCCGUGUCUCUAAACAUCAGUUGGCGAAAGCUCCGAUUUCAGAAUUGGAGCAAGCGACAGCAGAGUCGAUUAGUAUACUUGUUCGGGAGGCAUACAAUGGUAUUGUUCGUCCAGAAACAGUUAUUUCGCAACUUUACAUCGCAUCCGGCCGCCUGUAUCUUUUCUUCUACCUGCGCGCAUUGUGGAAAGGUGAAGCUCACCCAUCAAAAGCAGAGGCAAAGACUCAGCUUCGUGGCCGCGGUCGCCAUGCUAGGGAUGCAGCAGAAAAACUGGCCGCCGAUGAAGGCAGAAGUCUUGUUGAGCCCUUUGCGGAUACUACGUUAGAUCUCUUUGCCGACUAUGACAGGCAACUGCUCAUGGAUUUUCUGCAAGCGAGUACAGCUUAUUCCUUUGACGAGGCUUGCAGGAUUUGUGAAGAGAAACACUACACUUCAGAAUUGAUAUAUCUUCUGUCUAAGACUGGGCAGACAAAGCGAGCAUUGAACCUCAUACUUUCCGACCUGAACGACGUCUCCCAAGCAAUCAACUUUGCCAAGUCGCAAGAUGAUCCCGACUUGUGGGAGGAUCUACUUAGUUAUUCAAUGGACAAGCCGAUCUUCAUCCAUGCCUUGCUUACCGAAGCUGGCACAUCUAUCGACCCAAUCAAACUCGUGAGACGUAUUCCGAGUGGAUUGGAAAUUGAAGGGCUCCGCGACGGACUUACCAGGCUACUUCGAGAUCAUGAUAUCCAAGCAAGUAUAAGUCAAGGGGCAGCGAAAGUGCUGCAGGGUGAAGUUGCCAUUGGGAUGGAUGCCUUGAGACGAGGCCAGCGGCGAGGAAUAAAGUUUGAUGUUCGCAAAUCGUCUGAUAAUGAAAGCGUACUUGAAAAGCCAGCUGACAGUGAAGAUGCGGGAGCUGUUGCGACUGGAACGGAUAAUGACGAUGUUCUUUCAAGUAUAACUGGACCGGUUGCUAGGUCUCGUCGCGUAGCACCUGGUCAAUGUGGAGGUUGUUUGGAACCUUUUCAUGGGAAUGAAAAGGAAUUAUUGGUGGGAUUCGCUUGCGGCCAUGUUUUUCACCUGUCUCACGUCCAAGAAUUGGGGCACUCCCAUGACAAUGAAUCGGCAAACUCUAGCGAGACAACACGACCCCCGCAGGAAGAUGAUAAUGAAGAUGAGUAUCAACUCUAUACGACGUCUCGCACCGUGGGACCGAAAGUCAUCACUGCCCGACUGAUACGAGAUAAAAUUGGAGAUGGCUGCAGGAUAUGUGCCAUAAACAGGCAAGUAGCCAAUGCCGCGGCUCCGGGAAAUGCGUAG